GUCCUCGAAGCCCGGGAGUGAAAACCUCUGCUCCCCCAUUUCCCCUGUAUUGUGGUGGCGGCCGGAGGAGGGGUGGGCACCCCGCCCCGCCCGCUUCCUGCCUCCGCGUUCCCCAGGCCGCGGCCGCGCCCGCAGGUUUGAUGCUGCGUCUGACGGAGCGGAACAUGAAGCUGCUCGUCGUGGCCGCCUUCGUCUUGGGCUCGGUGCUUUUUUUGCUCUUGCCGGGAUUCUCCGCGGCCGACGAGAAAAAGAAGGGACCCAAAGUCACCGCCAAGGUAUAUUUUGAUCUACGAAUUGGUGAUGAAGAUGUAGGCCGAGUUGUCAUCGGUCUCUUUGGGAAGACAACUCCAAAGACAGUGGACAAUUUUGUGGCUUUGGCCACAGGAGAGAAAGGAUUUGGCUUCAAGGGCAGCAAAUUUCAUCGUGUGAUCAAGGACUUCAUGAUUCAAGGUGGAGACUUCACCCGGGGUGAUGGCACAGGAGGAAAGAGCAUCUAUGGCGAUCGCUUCCCUGAUGAGAACUUUAAGCUGAAGCACUAUGGUCCGGGCUGGGUGAGCAUGGCCAAUGCUGGCAAGGACACCAAUGGCUCCCAGUUCUUCAUCACCACUGUCAAAACGCCAUGGCUGGAUGGCAAACAUGUGGUGUUUGGCAAAGUUCUAGAAGGAAUGGACGUGGUACGAAAGGUGGAAAACACCAAGACAGAUGGGCGGGACAAGCCCCUGAAGGAUGUGACAAUAGCUGACUGUGGCACAAUUGAAGUGGACAAGCCUUUUGCCAUUGCCAAGGAGUAGGGUCCCUUGGAGACCUGCUAUAUAGGCUGUGCAGGAAGCUCUCCCCUCUCUGGGGACUGAAGCCUAGUCUGGUCCCUGUUCCAGCCCUGGGCUCCUAGUACAGCCUGUGGUGCUGACAUCUGACUGAGCUGACCCAGAAUCCAUCCUCACAUUCCACAGCCCCUCAGCCCCAGUUUUGUAAAGAAACACAUGCCAAUAAAGAAGAAAACUUUUUUUUUUAUAGAAAGCGAGUGGGCUGGGUUCAUCCCUUGCCCUUAAUAAGCAUCUAAUCUUAGCCCAACCUAGAUCGCCUUCUCUCCCCCCUGAGGGAAGAGCAGGGCUUCUUUCCUAUAGAACUAGGUACCUUCCUUUGCCCUUUCUCCCCUUCUCUUCUGCCCUUCGUUGGAUGCCUGUGCAAGCAGAGCAGAGAGCUAUUCCUGCCCUGGGCUAAACUAGACCUGGACCAGUGGCUGCUGGGCAAGAGGAUACCUUCUAGUCCUCGCUCUUUCCCUUACACUGUCUAGCAACUUCACUUCCAAAGAGUGGAGCUUCUGCUUCACUGCUCAGCAUCCAACCUCAUUCUCACCUCCAUCCUCUCACCCUGUAUAAUGCCUAAGCCCUUGCUUUUUUCUCACUGUGGUUCCUUUCAAAGCUCCAAUAUAAACAGCCCAUUCUUUGUUUUCUUUGGGCUCAUCCCUAAAA